GCCGGGGGAGUCUCGCCUCAGUAGAAGCCCGCUCGGCCGGCCGCCGGCGUGCGCACUGAGCAGGCGCGGCCUCGUGUCGGCGGCGGGGGCGGACGGCGCGGCGCGCGCUGCGUCCGGGCGCUCGGCUUUUCCUCUGCGGGUCCCGCCCUCCGUCGCGCUGGCGCGGUGCAAGCUGGGAUAGGGAGCGAUCUCCGAGCGAGGCGGCAAGAUGGACGCGGGAUUCUUCCGCGGGACAAGCGCGGAACAGGAUAAUCGAUUCAGCAAUAAACAGAAGAAACUACUGAAGCAGCUGAAGUUUGCAGAAUGCCUAGAGAAAAAGGUGGACAUGGGAAAAGUAAAUUUGGAGGUCAUAAAGCCUUGGAUAACAAAACGAGUAACGGAAAUCCUUGGGUUUGAAGAUGAUGUUGUGAUUGAGUUUAUAUUCAACCAGCUGGAAGUGAAGAAUCCAGACUCUAAAAUGAUGCAAAUCAACUUGACUGGGUUUUUGAAUGGAAAAAAUGCUAGAGAGUUUAUGGGAGAACUGUGGCCCCUGCUGUUAAGUGCACAAGAAAACAUCGCUGGGAUCCCCUCUGCUUUCUUAGAACUGAAGAAGGAAGAAAUAAAACAGAGACAGAUUGAACAGGAAAAAUUGGCGUCAAUGAAAAAACAAGAUGAAGACAAGGAUAAGAGGGAUAAGGAAGAAAAAGAAAUCAGCAGAGAAAAAAGGGAGCGGUCUCGGAGCCCGAGAAGACGCAAAUCCAGAUCUCCUUCCCCUAGAAGACGGUCUUCCCCUGUCAGGAGAGAGAGAAAGCGCAGCCAUUCUCGGUCCCCCCGUCACAGAACCAAGAGUCGGAGCCCUUCUCCUGCUCCAGAAAAGAAGGAGAAAACUCCAGAGCUCCCAGAACCUUCUGUGAAAGUCAAAGAACCCUCAGUCCAAGAAGCCACAUCUACUAGUGACAUACUGAAAGUUCCCAAGCCUGAACCUAUUCCAGAACCUAAAGAACCUUCUCCAGAAAAAAAUUCCAAAAAGGAAAAAGAGAAGACCAGAGCUAGAUCUCGGUCACGUUCCAAGUCAAGGUCACGGACACGGUCUCGCUCUCCUUCUCACACUCGACCUAGGCGGCGCCAUAGAUCCCGAUCGAGGUCCUACUCACCUAGGAGGCGGCCAAGCCCAAGGAGGCGACCAUCUCCUCGGAGAAGAACUCCCCCCAGACGGAUGCCGCCUCCCCCGAGGCACCGGCGGAGUAGGUCUCCGGUCAGACGGCGGCGUUCGUCAGCCUCCUUGUCGGGGAGUAGCUCAUCAUCUUCUUCAUCUCGUUCCCGGUCACCUCCAAAGAAGCCCCCCAAGAGGACAUCCAGUCCCCCUCGAAAAACUCGCAGGUUGUCUCCUUCGGCAAGUCCACCGAGACGAAGGCACAGGCCAUCGCCUCCUGCAAGCCCACCCCCCAAAACUCGCCAUUCCCCGACACCCCAGCAGUCGAGCCGCACAAGGAAGAGCCGUGUUUCUGUGUCUCCAGGGAGGACUUCAGGUAAAGUGACAAAACAUAAAGGUCCUGAGAAAAGAGAGUCUCCUUCACCAGCACCAAAACCUAGAAAAGUUGAAUUAUCCGAAUCAGAAGAAGACAAAGGUGGCAGGAUGGCCGCAGCCGAUUCUGUGCAGCAGAGGCGUCAGUACAGACGGCAGAACCAGCAGUCUUCAUCGGACUCUGGCUCCUCUUCCUCCUCAGAAGAUGAGCGACCCAAGAGAUCUCACGUGAAGAAUGGUGAGGUAGGCAGGCGGCGGAGACAUUCGCCUUCUAGGAGUGCCUCUCCCUCGCCACGAAAGCGCCAGAAAGAGACCUCCCCUCGGAUGCAGAUGGGAAAACGAUGGCAAUCGCCAGUGACCAAAAGUGGUAGACGGAGGAGAAGUCCCUCCCCACCACCCACCAGAAGGCGGCGCUCUCCUUCUCCUGCUCCGCCUCCCCGUCGGCGCAGGUCUCCAACCCCACCACCACGACGAAGGACUCCUUCUCCGCCCCCUCGCCGGCGCUCGCCUUCCCCACGGAGGUACUCCCCUCCAAUCCAGAGGAGAUACUCCCCGUCCCCACCGCCCAAGAGAAGGACGGCUUCUCCUCCACCCCUGCCAAAGCGCAGGGUGUCGCCGUCUCCACCGCCCAAGCGGCGAGUCUCCCAUUCUCCACCACCCAAGCCGAGAAGCUCCCCAGUAACCAAGAGACGGUCGCCUUCCUUGUCGUCCAAGCCUAGGAAAGGCUCUUCCCCAGGCCGCUCCGCCCGGGAAGCCCGCUCACCACAGCCGAACAAGCGGCACUCGCCAUCCCCUCGGCCUCGCGCUCCUCAGCCCUCCUCCAGCCCCCCGCCUGCGCGGAGAGCACCGUCAUCUUCACCCCAAAGAAGGCAAUCUCCGUCUCCAAGUACUAGGCCCAUUAGGAGAGUCUCCCGGACUCCGGAACCUAAAAAGACAAAAAAGACUGCCUCUCCGAGCCCCCAGUCUGUAAGGAGGGUCUCCUCCUCCCGCUCUGCAUCUGGAUCCCCUGAGCCAGCAGCUCAAAAGCUCCCGGCCCCAUCGUCCCCUGUCCAGUCUCAGUCGCCCUCCACCAACUGGUCACCAGCGGUACCGGUCAAAAAGGCUAAGAGCCCGACACCGAGCCCAUCGCCGGCAAGGAAUUCAGAUCAAGAAGGAGGUGGAAAGAAAAAGAAGAAAAAGAAGGACAAGAAACACAAAAAGGACAAGAAACACAAGAAGCACAAAAAACACAAGAAGGAGAAGGCUGUGGCCGCGGCUGCAGCCUCUGCUGUGAGCCCUGCCGCCGCCACCACCGCCGCGGCCACAUCCGCGCAGGAGGAGGUAGAGGCAGCAGCGUCGGAGCCCAGGAAGGAGACAGAGAGUGAACCUGAGGAUAACCUCGAUGACCUGGAGAAGCACCUCCGGGAGAAGGCCCUCCGAUCCAUGCGGAAGGCGCAGGUGUCCCCACAGUCUUAGGUGGAAUGUUCGUUACGAUGUAAAUUUUAUUUGGUUUGUACGCAAUUCAAUUUCAAAAUUGCUAAAAAUGUGUUUGAGCUUUAGACUAUAACAUUUGUUGUAAUAAUUGCUAGGUUGAAGUUCACCAUGUAAAAAAAGGGCAUGGAUUUACAUUGCAAAAGGUGUCCACAGUGUAUUAGUGACAUUCUUUCAUUGACAGCUGACAUAAAUUCAUUUAGAGUGAAAUAUUUUAAGCCAAAAAAAUUCCCUUUUUAAAAAAGGGGGUUCAAAUACUGUUGGCAUUCUUAUGGUUCCUUUAAUUGCCCCUGGCUUUUCCAAAGGGGUUUUUCUCUCCCUCUUUUUCUUCCUUUCUUUUUCUUUCUUUUUUUUUUUUUAAUUUUUCUCAUUUGAGUCUCUUAGCACUCAUUUUUAAGUUAUACUUCCAAUCUCAUGAUUUAUGAGCUUGCCCAGAAAUAAGACCACUGUUUAGAGAGAAGUCUACAUGAGUGUCUUAAUGCCACAAUCUUCCUCCCAGUUGCCUGUGGAGUCUCUGCUGAAGUGAAUCAGAAUUGGAGCUCUAACGAGAGAUAGCAAGGAAAGCCGGUCCUCUGCCAGGACUCUGUGGGUCUCUGUCCAUGUGAAACAAGUUGAUUUGGAACACUGGAAUUUCGUUCUAUUCUGUUCUAGGGUGUUCUUUUUGUUUGUUUGUUUGUUUCUCUUGUAAAGGCAAUUAACGAGUCCCAGGAAGGAUCCUUCAGUCAUAUAAUUUUUUUUUUUUUUUUUUUGGUGAAUUGUCAUGGCUCCAUUCAUAUUGUCUUGGUCUUCCACGUGGUACAUACAGCCUCAGAGUGCUGGUGUUGGGAAGGCUGGAAGGACUCGGACUUGGAAAUAGUGUCUUGGUUUCACUUUUUUUUUUGUUUUGUUUGUUUGGUUGAUUUUUUAAAAAAACUAAAGCUAUAUAAAGCUUGUGGAUUAAACAAUAAAUUUCUAAAUUUAAAAAU